ACGGAAAACAAAACAUUAUUCGAAACAUACCAUUUAUUUUAUUGCAUAAGGCAACCGCUGACGUCAUAAAUCAUGGGCGUCGUGUGGCCUGUGAUUGGUCAAAUCUGCUGUAUUGGUCAUGUGAUAUAGUAAGAUGGCAGCUCGCGACAGUGGCGAUGAUGGCAUGGACCACAUCCUGGAGCCGCUGUGUUUCCCAGAGCAGUCUGAAGCUGCCGAUCCCGGCGAUCCCGACUGCCAUCCACCCGGUCCACCCUGCGGCGGUGCACAGACGCUGGCGUGUCUCUUCUGCCCAGAGACACUUCCAGUGAUCCAGAAGGACGUCUUCCUCAAACAUCUACUACUGCAGCACAAGUUGGUCAUCGCUGAUGUCAAACUUAUUGCAGACCUCCCAAAGUACCUGCUGUACUGGAAAGGCCGAUUCUUGGAGCAGCCCGUCACGGAUUUCUGCAGUGAGAUCAAGACCAACUCCACCGGGCCAGUCGAGAAACAGGAGCUUUACUUCCUGCUGUGCGACGUCCUUCCGGAAGACCGCGCCCUGCGCGAGAAGCUCCAGCAGAGACGGCUGGAGGAGGUGCUGGAGCAGCAGCAGAAGGAGCGAGAAGAUCGCAGCUUCCGCCGAGUGUGCAUGUUUUGCAACGAUGAGUUCGCCGGGAACAGGUCGCAGCUCCUGAACCACAUGGCCCGCGAGCACGCCUUCAGCAUCGGGCUUCCCGACAACAUUGUCUACUGCGAGGAGCUUCUGGACACGCUGCAGAGCAAAGUGGACAACCUGCAGUGUUUGUACUGCGAGAAGACGUUCAAGGACAAGUUGACGCUGAAGGAUCACAUGAGGAAGAAAGCGCACCGCCGCAUCAACGCCACCAACCGCCAAUAUGACCGAUUCUACAUCAUCAACUACCUGGAGCUGGGCAAGACGUGGGAGGAACUGCAGGCCGAGGACGACCGCGAGCUGCCGGACGACAGAGACGACGACUGGUCUGACUGGCGCGCUUGUCCCAUGACGGCCGUCUGCUUGUUCUGCAAUUAUCGGCGCGACACCAUGGACGAAAUCUACGCUCACAUGAAGGGGGCCCACGACUUUGAUCUCCAGCAUCUGAGGGCGGAGCUCAAGCUGAGCUUCUACCAGCAGGUCAAGCUGCUCAACUUCAUCCGCCGCCAGAUCCAUCAGAACCGCUGCCACGCCUGCCAGGAUAAGUUUGGCUGCAGAGGCGACGUCCUACGCCAUCUGCGGGAGCGGCGACACGCCAUGACGCUGCCGCCCGCCCGCGCCUGGAACCAACCGCAGUACUACUUCCCCACUUAUGAGAACGACGCCCUGCUGUGCGCGCUUCCCGACAGCGACGGCGAGGACAGCGACGGGCGAGCCGGGGAAGACGGCGUCCCCGUCAUCGCCGAGGACGUGUUGGACGCCAAGCUGGUCAAGAAGAACAGCGUCCUCAGGAAGCUGCUGAAAAACGCCACGUGAACCUCACCAACCUUUUAGCACCGGACUCCUGGGCACUUCAUGUCUCAGAUUCUUUGCCAUAACAAUAAAUGGGUUUAUAUUUGUCUCCAAAGUGA